CUGACACUAAUAAAACUCGUUGCUACAAACCUUUUCGUGUUUUUUGUUACAGUUAAAGUAAAAUGGGGUAAGGAGAUGUAUCCCGGUGUUGAAGUGAACACAGACGACGAUCCCGUUUUGUUCAAAGCACAGAUCUUUGCUCUCACAGGAGUUCAACCGGAAAGACAGAAAGUUGUAUGCAAAGGGGUCACUCUCAGGGAUGAUGCUUGGGGAAACUUCAAAUUAACAAAUAAUGCUCUAGUUCUGGUAAUGGGUAGUAAAGAGGAAGAUGUGCCGGCUGCUCCCGUUGAACAGACACGAUUUGUGGAAGACAUGAAUGAAUCGGAAUUAGCUACCGCUCUCGACCUCCCAGAAGGUCUCAUCAACUUAGGAAACACAUGCUAUAUGAACGCUACAGUACAAUGUCUGAAGACUGUUCCUGAAUUGAAAAAUGCAUUACUUAAUUAUGAUCCAACAUCAGGUGGAGGUACAGCGGGGGGUUUGACAUCGGCUUUGAGCGAAACAAUGAGGUCGCUGGAAGGUGGCGGGGCGGGGGCGUGUGCUGCGGCCGCGGCUCGGCUCCUACACGCUCUGCACGCCGCAGCGCCACGUCUGGCCGAGCGGGGAGCCGGCGGGCAACUGGCCCAGCAAGAUGCAUCGGAAUGCUGGACUGAGAUCAUACGAGCUCUUAGUAUGAGGCUGCAAUCCACACCUGAAACUCACAGCAAGCCAUUGAUAGAGCAGUACUUCGGUGGUACUCUGGAUGUAGAGUUAGUAUGCAGUGAGGCUGACGAGCCACCAACACGUUCUACGGAGACAUUCCUACAACUCUCCUGCUUCAUAUCACAGGAUGUCAAAUAUCUACAGUCCGGACUCAGAUCUAAAAUGUCUGAGCAAAUUACAAAAAUGUCAGAAACAUUGGGAAGGGAUGCUGUUUACACAAAAACUAGCAAGAUCAGUCGCUUACCCGCCUACUUGACGGUUCAGUUCGUGAGGUUCUACUAUAAAGAGAAGGAGUCCAUCAAUGCCAAAAUUCUCAAAGAUGUCAAAUUUCCCCUCGAGCUCGAUGUUUAUGAACUCUGCUCUACAGAACUACAAGAGCGUCUCACUCCGAUGAGGACCAAGUUUAAGGAACUCGAGGAAGCGUCAGUGGAGGCGGCUUUGAGCUCCAAGAAUAAAAAUCACGGAGACAGCAAAAAGGAAAUCAAGAGGAAGGCGACGCUGCCGUACUGGUUCGAGAAUGACGUUGGCAGCAACAACAGCGGCUACUACCGUCUCCAGGCUGUGUUGACUCAUCGCGGCCGUUCGUCCUCGUCGGGUCACUACGUGGCGUGGGUGGCGCGCGGGGACGGCUGGCUGAGGUGUGAUGACGACGCUGUGACACCAGUCACCGAGGAGGAGGUGCUCAAACUGAGCGGGGGAGGUGACUGGCACUGCGCGUAUCUCCUAUUAUACGGACCUAAGAUCCUGGAGUUAUCUCAAGAAGAAGAGAGUCCUGAACCGAUGAUUACAGACGACGCUUCCGGACCCGACCCGCCAACAGCGCUCGCUGUAUAA